GUCACAGCCCGCGCUAUUACAUAUUACCUUGAUGUUUCCAACGAAUGCACUCGAAGAAUAAUACAAGUGGAUGGCGCUGUUAAGGCAAUAUGUAGUCGGCUUGCUGCUGCCGAAAUGACAGAUAGGACCAGUAAAGAUUUAGCUGAGCAAUGUGUGAAACUCCUCGAGCAUAUCUGUCAACGUGAAACCCUUGCUGUUUACGAUGCUGGCGGUAUGCACGCCAUGCUAACAUUGGUUCGACAACACGGCUCACAAGUCCAUAAGGACACAAUGCACUCCGCAAUGUCUGUAGUGACACGUUUAUGUGGUAAAAUGGAACCUAAUGAUGCUGCCCUUCCGCAAUGUGCAGAAAGUCUUGGAGCUUUGCUUGCACAUGAGGAUAAUAAGGUUUCUGAGAGCGCUUUACGUUGUUUUGCGGCUCUCACAGACCGUUUCAUUCGCAAGAUGCUCGAUCCUGCUGAUUCCCCACGCUUGAUCUCGGCUCUACAGUGUGUUUUAACCAACAAGGAUGAUCGAUGUGUAACGGAUGGUCUUCGUCUCGCAGAUUUACUGGUUGUGCUGUUAAGUGAAGGACGAUCAGCUCUUCCUUUCACAAUGGCGGUGAAUACGUGUAGAAUUAAUGCCCGGAAAGCACCAUACUUGGCGCAUGCACGACUUUUACAGUACCAGUCAAGCGGAGAACCUGGCCAAAGCGGACAAAGUGCCGAACGUGCGCAUCGACAUCUCAUAGACGCAAUCCGGCAAAAAGAUCUCAGUGCUCUUGUCGAUACGAUAGACAAUGGAGUCGUCGAUGUCAACUUCACCGACGAUGUGGGACAGACAUUGUGCAAUUGGGCUUCAGCUUUUGGAUCACUAGAAAUGGUACAGUAUUUGUGCGAUAAGGGAGCUGAUGUGAACAAAGGGCAUAAGAGCAGUAGCUUACAUUAUGCGGCUUCCUUCGGACGACCUGAUAUAGUGAAAGUACUACUGCAACGAGGUGCAAAUCCGGAUUUGAAGAGGAGCGAAGAUGGAAAAGACGCAACCCAUCCCUCCUUCAGGCGAUUGGAUAAAGCAAGGGAACGAACUGACGAAGAUCAUACCCAAGUUGCUCAGAUACUUGAGAGUCCUUCUGUAUACAUGCAUUCAAAGGCUGAUGAGCAAAAUAAAUCGAAGCAAGCCUCUGUUGUUCGCAAAAGCAGUACCAGCGAUCUUCCCGACCGUGAAUUGGCCAUACGUGUCCUUCAUCAACUUUUACCGAUUUUCUGCGAGAUCUUUAUGAAAUCACUGUCUGCAAGUGUACGACGCACAUCUUUGUCGUUACUGCGAAAGAUUGUUGAACAUAUGCAACUGGAUGACAUUCGAUCACCUCCGAGCCAAGCUAUAGAAUCUCAAGGUUCUUCAACAGAUAUGCAAACGCAAUCCCCAGCAGAUUUACCUCCCGGUGCGGAAAAUUUGGUAACUGUGGUUGUUUCCGUGCUUGAGCAAGAAGAGGACCAUGAUGGGCAAGAGCAGGUGUUGCUGAUUCUCUCGUCCCUACUGCGCAAAGAUCCAGAAUUGUGGGUUCCUGAACUUGUACGUCUAGGUGUUUUCGAACGAGUGGAAGCGAUGGCCAAGGAACCACCAAAGAGCUCUGAGGACGAUGAUGACGAUGCAGAUCGAGCUGAAGAACUCAAUGCUCGGAACAGCGCUAUGAGCAGAUCUACUACGUCUACUCCCUCCGUAGCAAUGGAAUUGGACGUGGUUGAGAGGAGCAUCUCUGCGGGCAUCAGUGAUGAAACGGAAAAAGAACGAGCAGCUAUGCUAAAUGUAAUGAUGGAGCCCAAUGCUGGUUCAUCUCUCACGCUUAUGGUCCCCACAUCGUCCAAUGACAAGGGAAAACUGGUUCUUCAGCAAGAUAUGCCAUACCGAUGGAAGGAGUGGCGCGUUAUUCGCGGAGAAGAGUCCACGUUCAUCUGGUGCGAUGUGCUCGCGUUGGAGCUGAGCUUCAAUAGCAACGGGUGGUUCCGUUUCUUCAUGGAUGGAGAGGUGACAACGAUGUUCAACAAUGGCGUUGCUGAAAGUGUGUCCGAUGAGGUUCGAGCUGAAUCGAAGAAGUCUUUCAUGACAAGAUGGAGAAGGGUCAAACAAGUGUGGAAUGAUGACUCACUCCCCGUCAGCAUUUUAUGCGUACCCUGUAUGGGUAAAAAGGUGGAGUUCCCUCGUUGGGAAAUGUGGAGUUCUCGUUCUACGGAGCUUACAAUCAAGUGCUCCAAGAGUGAGGAACACAUCGUUGUCAAGGACGAACUUGGUGGAUUUGUCGUUGAGACGAGCGAUAAGACGAAACAUAGCCAAAUGCCCGAGACAGCGCUAUCUUCUGAGUUCCACACGGGGUGGAGCUCGCAUGGAAUGACGGCAAGACGGUCUAAAUUCAGAGGAGAAAUUCAGCGUAGAAAAGUGCAAGAGUUGGCAUGGGAACUCUGGAAUAACCACCUUAAAGAGGCACGUGCCAAACCACGUGAAGCGCUUAUCGAGUUGCAGAGGGCUGCAAUUUGCAUACAGGAUGCGGUGACCACAGCAAAUCUUAUCGCUGGAAUUUCCAUCAAGAGCAAACACGUGAAGCAACCACGUAUCGAGAAAGUUCAAGAAUCUCAUACCUUUAGCUGGUGUCGGCCUUUGAAAUGCGUGCGAGAGUCAGUGCUGGACGAUAGACGACUUUCAACCUUUGAAUUCUCUGUUUCUGGUAUUGUACCUGCAUUGCACAAUUUGCUGGCCCUGGUGGAACGUCAACCUGGAAGUUAUCCUGCCCGUAUAUUCGGAGAGACGUUCGCGCAUGGAGUGGCCCUAUCGAGCCUAGCCAUGAAAAUGGUCUCUGUAUUGGAAUCAACGGAGAAAUUCCCACAAUACCUGUACGAUACCCCAGGUGGAUCAGCGUUUGGCCUCCAAUUGUUGUCACGGCGAAUUCGUAUGAAACUUGAACAGGCGGUUAGUGACCACGAUGACAAGAAGCAGUUGAUCAACAGAAGCGGCCGCCUACUCAAAAGUGAGCCACUUGACAACAAUUGGUCAGCUCAAGUCGUUCCUUCUGAAGAUGGUAGCGAAGCAAUGGUGACAUCAUCGGAUCAACGACAACCAUUUGGAAAACCAGAAGAUGUCCUAAGUCGUGACGUGAAUCCGAUCAAUUGUCACUCUAGUGAUGACAAGCAUUUUUUGAUGCAGAGCCCUCGGGGCAUUCAAAACUACGAGAAGGACUGCGAAGGAAAAAUAGGGUCAACAGGGAUGUCUUGCCCAAGGAAUGCGAACUUUACGAUUGACCUUGGUGUUUUCCUCUAUCCCACCGCAUACACGCUGCGCCAUGCAAGAGGUUAUGGGCGAUCGGCUCUUCGGAACUGGCUCUUGCAGGGUUCAAAAGACAAGCAAGUGUGGGAGGUACUCGUUGCUCACUCCGAUGAUAUAAGCCUCGGUGACCCUGGAUCCACCGCCACUUGGCCCAUCGAGGACGAUAGGACUAAAGGUCCCUUCCGCUACCUGCGUAUUGCACAAAACGGGAAAAAUUCUUCUGGACAGACGUGCUACCUGAGCGUCUCGGGCUUUGAAGUGUAUGGUGAAAUUGUCGACGUUGUCAUCGAUGGCUUUACAGUACCAAAAGAAGAGAAGGACAGAAGUGGUUGCUCAAUUGGAAAAUCCAAGAUUCCAUUGCCGUCGUCGUCGCGCAAGGAUUCAAACCGUGAUGAGAAAGUUGAAUCGCUGAUGCCCCAAGGUGCGAAUAACAACAAGCUCAGAGCUGGAUUAACUGCAGAUAUGGUCUCUAUGAUGCACACAAGAUCUCGGUGA